GUUGGCCAGUGUCGGGAUCCACGGCCUUAGUGAGCUAGCGUUACCUUGGAAAAGCUGUUUUGCAGCGUGUUUUUCUUCAAGGUACCGAUUCGGCCAGCUAGCUUGAGCUACACAACCCGUACCAAAGCCAAGAUGCUGAAGUGUAGGACAGCGUGGCAAAAGUUGGCUCCACUGGCCAGAGCCUCCUCAACUUUGUGUCGGCAAAAUGUGAAGAGAACAGUGUUGAAGUGUGACAGCACGAUGACACAAGUUCCGCGAGUCCAGAUGUCCUCAGGGACUCCCGGAGGGGACAACACGCUGUACAUUGUGCUUGUGGGUGCAACCUGUCUUGGGGCAGGAUUUUAUGCAUACAGGACAUUGACAUCAGACAAGAGCAGGUACCAUGACAGGAUUAGUGAAAUAGCUUCCAGACCAAGUAAGAUGUCCCCGCAAGAACAGCCUGCAACAUACAUGCAGACUGAACCUACAGCGGAAGCAGAGGUGGAACCUUCAGGAGAGCCCGAGGUGCAGAGCACUGAAGAAGGGGCCGGGGUGGCCGAGAGUGAGGCCCCCGUUUUAGCCGAGGGGGAACCUCAGGAACAGCAGGCGGAGGGGGAGGAGAGCGCGGAGCCCCCCGCCCCGGAGGAGCCCACAGCCCCUAGUGAAGUGGCCGAAUUGCCUGAAGCGCAAGUGGCCGCCCCCGUUUCGGAAAUGCCCUCCCCGGCGGAGCCUACAGGGCAGUCCCACACUCCUGCAGUGGAGAGCGAAGUUGCACCUGUUGUGGAAACAGCAGCUGAAGACACUCCAGAGGUGACCGCUACCCCUGCGGUCGAAAUUGAACCUGCACCCAUGGCUGAGCCCACCCCAGAAAAAUCGUUAGCACCACCUCCCUCGCCUGCAGUUGAUAGUGAAGCCGCACCCGAAGUCACAGCUGCCACAGCAACGGAAUCGACGGAGCCCCCCCCGGUGUCUGAGGUCCUGAGCGAACCAGAACCAGCACCAGCAUUAGAAGCAACCCUUGCAGAGCUGACAGAACAGCCCUCUGCACCUGUGAUCGAAAGUGAACCCGCAGCAGUCGGUGAACCCAUCCAAGAAGAGUCCCCUGUGGAGCCACUUGCACCGGCCUCUGAGAGUGAACCCACAGCUGUGGCAGACAGCGCGCCUGCAGAACAGAUCGAGUCGUCCACAUCCCCAGUGCAGAGUGAACCUGCCCCCAUAAUGGAAAGCGCUCCUGCAGAGUCAACAGAGCAGCCCCCAGCACCUGCAGCCGAGAGUGCCCCAGCGGUGGAGGCUCCAGCUCCAGUUUCCCUCCCUGAAAUCCCUGCCCAUGCCCCCUACCUGCUAAUUGGUGGUGGAACCGCCUCCUUUGCUGCUGCCCGAUCCAUUCGGGCAAGGGAUCCAGGAGCCAGGGUGCUGAUUGUUACAGACGAGCCAGACCUGCCGUACAUGCGCCCUCCUCUCUCCAAGGAGCUAUGGUUUUCCGAUGACCCCAGUGCCACAGAAACCCUCAGAUUCAAACAGUGGAACGGCAAGGAAAGAAGCAUCUAUUUCCAGCCUCCGUCGUUUUACGUCAGCCCCCAGGAUUUGCCUAAAGUGGAAAAUGGCGGAGUGGCUGUUCUCACAGGCAAAAGGGUGGUGCACAUGGAUGUAAGAGGGAACAAAGUGCGUCUGGAUGACGAUUCUGAAAUCUCCUACGACAAGUGCCUGAUUGCCACAGGUGGAGUCCCACGGAACAUGCAAGUCAUUGAGAGGGCAGGGGAUGAAGUGAUGAAAAGGACGACACUCUUCAGGAAGAUAGAAGAUUUCAAAUCCUUGGAGAACAUCUCCAGAGAUGUCAAAUCAAUCACCAUUAUUGGAGGGGGGUUCCUCGGAAGCGAGCUUGCCUGUGCCUUGGGCAGGAGAUCAACUGAAUCUGGCUUGGAGGUCAUGCAGAUGUUCCCGGAGAAGGGUAACAUGGGCAAAGUGCUGCCGGAGUAUCUGAGCAACUGGACGACACAGAAAGUGAGGAGAGAGGGGGUAAAUGUCAUAACCGAGGCGCUGGUGAAGAACGUCAGCUUCCAGGACGGCAAGUUGGAAAUCAAACUGAAGGAUGGCCGAUUGGUGAAGACUGAUCACAUUGUAGCUGCUGUAGGCCUGGAACCCAGUGUAGAGCUGGCUAAGUCAGCCGGCCUGGAGGUGGACUCAGAUUUUGGAGGGUACAGAGUCAACGCUGAACUCCAGGCUCGUUCCAAUAUCUGGGUGGCUGGAGAUGCGGCCUGCUUCUAUGACAUCAGAUUAGGCCGUCGGCGGGUGGAGCACCAUGACCAUGCGGUGGUGAGCGGCAGGCUUGCCGGGGAGAACAUGACCGGGGCCAACAAACCCUACUGGCAUCAGUCCAUGUUCUGGAGUGACCUUGGCCCUGAUGUGGGCUACGAAGCCAUUGGGAUAGUAGACAGUAGUCUUCCCACAGUUGGAGUGUUCGCCAAAGCUACUGCUAAAGACACCCCCAAAGCUGCUACUGAACAAUCAGGAACUGGAAUCCGGUCAGAGAGUGAGACUGAAGCUGUUGCCAGUGGUGAGAUGCUUGCAAGUACCGCUUCUCCUCAGGCACCCCAGCAGGAAGAGGAUUAUGGGAAAGGAGUCAUCUUCUAUCUGCGGGACAAAGUGGUUGUGGGCAUCAUCCUGUGGAACGUCUUCAACAGAAUGCCCAUUGCCAGGAAGAUCAUAAAAGACGGAGAGGAGCAUGCAGACCUGAAUGAAGUUGCCAAACUUUUCAACAUUCAUGAAGACUGAGAGUAGAUCGGAGACUUAGUCAUCACCUUACUAAGCAAGGCCUUGAACUUUUACAGUCAUUGUCCUGUUGUGGUGGCCCUAGCAGUGCCGAUGAGGUACCUGCAAAAAAAGGGAGACACUUCGGGCACAACAUGUAUUUCCUGUACAUUUCUCAUCGUCUGAGUCAGUCGGCAAGUUUGUAAUUUGUAUUGGAUGAACCGGACUUCUCCAGACUAUUCUAUUAAAAUUGGUGAAUAGGUGUGGGAAAAAAACAUCUGAAGUUGUUGAUUUAUCCUCUCUCCAGCUCGAUUAUAAAUGUAUGUAUUGUGAUGAAGGUGCAAAGACCAAUACCCCACAACCCCCCUCUUUUUUAAGACAUAAACCUAAUGGCACUUAAAGAUGUUUCUCUCACACUGGUGUG